AAUUUCUCAUCUUCACAAAAGUAGUCGUCAGUAGUGUUGGUUUUAUCCUUAGUAGAGUGGAACUCUUUCAGAAGGGAGCUAUCUUCGUCAUUCCAGCUGUUAUCCUUCAUGCCAGAGACUGCUUUGGACAUGAUGCAGGAGAUCUCUUCAUUAGUUCCUUCUUCAAUGCCGAUAGAUGCAAAGGUCUGGCUCAUGGACCCAUUCUCCUUGCCCUUGUGCAUCCUUCUUUUGAGCAACCUGAUUUCUAAAUUCUUUUUCUGCUGCGCAAUGUCAUUAUGGAUCAGCUCUGAUUUUGCACUAGAAUCUUUAUGGUGGUUCUUAAUUAGGUGAGUUUGCUCCUUUUCUUUCUGAAGAAGCAGAACGUCCAUCUCCAGCUGUUUCCGCUUUGGAGUCUCGAAACUGUCGUGGCUCGUGACGGUCUUGGACUUCUCCCGCUUCUCAGGUGUCUGGAUUUUAUUUUUGUCAACUAAAUUUUCUUCCUUGGAGGGCUCCUUUUUAGGGUUCUUCAUUAAGGCAAAUACUGAAGGCUUGUUGAUGAGCCUCAGAGUUCGCUUAUAAAAGUUAGAAUGCUUAGCUUCAUCUACACCUUCAUAGUAUUCAAUGCCUUGAGAGUAAAGAUAGAUCAAGGUGUCUACAUCUUCCAUUGUGAAAUCACCUUCGUCGAUUUUGAACUCAUAGUCCAUUAUGUUCUCAGCGAAGUUUUCUGGCAAGGAGCUUCGCUUUAUAAAUUUUAAUUUUUUCGCUUCUGAUGAAGCCUCUGGAGACUCAGAGAGUGAGGAAUUCUCUAUUUGGUCUUCAGAUGUGCUGUUUUGUUGGAACAUUUGGCAAAACCAAGUAAUAU